AUGGCUCAGUACGAUGUCGCCGUGGUAGGUCUAGGAGCCCUGGGUAGCGCAGCAGCAUACUACGCGGCUAAGAAGGGCGCGAAAGUGAUUGGCUUUGAACAAUUCGAGUUGGGACACGUUCGGGGCGCAUCCCACGACACAUCUCGGAUCGUCAGAACAUCAUACGAUCAAUCACAGUAUGUUGCACUCGCCAAGUCCGCGUACAAGGACUGGGCCCAUCUAGAAGACGCGUCGAAGCAGAAGCUACUAACCAUCACCGGCGGCGUGGUUGUAAUCCCUAAGGAUGACAUGCCCAACACGCCCACCGCGACCGAGUGGGCGAAUUGCAUGAAGGCCAACGAUCUGCCGUAUGAACUCCUCACGGCAGGUGAGUCCAACAAACGGUGGCCCCAAUUCAACUUGAAAGACGACUACCAAGUAGUGUACACCCCAGACACCGGCAUCGCACACGCCGCGAAGUCAGUCAUGACGAUGCAAUUCCUCGCCCGUUUCAACGGGGCCGAGCUGAAGGAACACACCAAGGUGGAACGCGUGACGCCGCGAGGGUCGGCUGGGCCCGGCGUGACCAUCGAAACAUCAAAAGGUACAUACACAGCGAAGAAGAUCAUCCUCGCCGCCGACGCGUGGAUCAACGAGCUCCUCUCCCCACUGGGCCUCCACAUCCCGCUAGAAGUCAUGCAAGAGCAAGUCACGUAUUUCAAGCCCAGCGACCCCACGAAAUACUCACCGGAGCGCUUCCCCGUCUGGAUCCUCGGCACCCCUGAACAAUGGUACUACGGGUUCCCGACCUUCGGCGAGCCGACCAUCAAGUGCGCGCACGACACGGCCAAGAACCACAUGACGCCCGCGGAGCGCACGUUCGAGCCCUCGCCCAAACUGCUCGAGCAGCUGACCUCCGCCAUGCAGGACUUCAUCCCCGACUCCGGUCGCAAGGUCAUGCGCACCGUCACUUGUCAGUACGCCAUCACGCCGGAUCGCCAGUUCAUCAUCACGCCCCUGGAUCGGUAUCAGGAUAUCAUCGUCACGCAGGGCGCCGCUCACGCGUUCAAGUUCGCCCCUGCCAUUGGCCGCGUGGCUGCCGAGCUGGCCAUUGACGGCCAGACGACGGAUGAUAUUUCAAAGUUUGGUUUCCCGGCCUCGGUGGACACGCCGUUGAAGGCGAAAAUCUAG